AUGGCGACGUCGAGCAAGCAGAACUCUCGUUUCUCGUCCCUCAAGGUCUUCAAGUUCUCCUCCGCGAGCUCCAAGCCCCCGCCGCUCCCUCCCAAAGACCCAUACUACCUACCCAAUCCUUCCCUUCGCUCCCUCGGAAACUCCCUCUCUCCCGACUUUCUCCCUCCUUCCCAGCCCGCCACUCCUCUGUCCGCACAGUAUGCUACCCUUGUCAGGAGUCCUUCGCCCACUCCCUCCUACGCCCCUAGCCGCAUCACUGUCUCCCCAUACUCAACUACCUCCAACUAUCCCGAGUCCGCCAGCUCUCGCACACGUCUCUUCAAGUUCUCAUCCUUCGCCCGACGUCCGAAGACUCCAAAGACAGCAGACUCUGGCUACUCUGCUGGCUCCGACUCUGUUCCUCCCCCAGAGCCCGUCGAUGAUCCUUCCAUAUCCCUCCCAUGGAACUUCCAGGUGAGCGCUAGCACAUCCCUUCCCCAUACCCACCUGCUCAUCUCUUUCCGUGCAGCAUAA